AUGUACUCGCUGUACCUCGGCUUCGCGUCGUCCGGCCUCUCCUCCUCGUUCGCGGAGUUCCAGCGCGCCUCCGGCGCCACGGAGCGCCUCCUCGCGCUCAGCGACCGCGAGUCGUUGAUGCCGCCGAGCACGGGCGUGCUGCCGGAAGGGUCGGGCCCCCACGCCGUCGAGUUCCGAAACGUCACCUUCUCGUACCCGACGCGGCGCGGCGCGGCGCCGGCGCUCGACGGCUUCGACCUGCGCGUCGCGCCCGGAGAGCGCGUCGCCGUGAAGGGGGCCUCGGGCUGCGGGAAGUCGACGCUGCUGCGGCUGAUUUCCCGUUUGUACGACGUCGACGGCGGGCGGGUGACCGUCGGCGGCGUCGACGUGCGCGCCCUCGACGCUUCGUUCCGCGGCGGUCUCGUCGGCGUCGUGCCCCAGGAGCCCGUGCUCCUGAGCGGGACCAUCGCCGAGAACAUCCGGCUGGGCUGCGCGCGGCAGACCGCCACCGACGCCGACGUGGCCGAGGCCGCGCGGCGCGCGGGCCUCGGCUCGCUCUUGGCGCGGCUCCCGGGCGGGCUCGCGACCGCGGUCGGCGAGGCGGGCGUCCAGCUCUCGGGCGGCGAGAAGCAGCGCGUCGCCAUCGCGCGGCUCUUCCUCAACGACCCGCCCGUCGUGCUGCUCGACGAGUUCUCGAGCGCGCUCGACGAGCGGACGAUGCUCGAGGUCGCCGCGAACCUGUCGGACGCGCUCGCGGGGAAGACAGUCCUCGCCGUCGCGCACCACGACCAAGUGCUCGCGGCCAUCGGCGUGGACCGCGUCGUGGACCUGACGAAGGGCGGCGGCGGGUAA